UUUCUCUUCCUCCUUCUCCCGUGCCUUGUGAGCUCUGCUAACAUUCUUGUCCUGGAAACAAUGGCUUCCCCGAGUCAUCACAUCUGGAUACGAACUCUGACAACAGCCUUAGCAGCCAGGGGUCACAAUGUAACGUCUCUUUCAACGGAUAUUGAGGAAAACCCCCCGGAAAAUCUUCACUACCUCCACUUGGACAGAGUCUACGAGGUCCUGUAUAAUCCAGAAGAUGAAGAUUUUAACGAGGAGAUUGAUUUCUUUGAUAUGGGCAGUAUGAAUCCUUAUCUUCAGCUCUUUAUAUUUUUGGAUUUCUCAGAGAGCUCUGUUAAAGGAUGCAUCAAGUCCAAAGGAUUCAAGCAGUUGAUGGCAUAUCCGGAUAGUUUUAAAUUUGAUUUGGUAAUCUACGACUUCCUAGUUGACGGAAUAAUGCUGCCAUUUGUACAGAAGUUCCAUGAUCCACCAGUUAUUGCCCUAACUGCAUUCUAUUCUGUGGAAUAUGCAACGCAAAUUGUCGGAGGAACAUUCAAUCCUGCCUUUGUUAAAUACAUAAUCUAUGAAGGAGAUCUCAGUACAUUUAGUGGGAGGCUCAAUAAUUUUCUUCUAAGUCAUUUGGAUUACUUUCUUAGGAUGUACUACGUGGCGCCUCAAAUUAAUUCAAUUCUGAGGACGGAAAUGCCCUGGGCAAAGGAUAUCAGAGAGCUAAAUCAACUUGCUAAGAUUGUCCUACUUAACAAGCAUCCAGGUCUCGAUAUCAUUGAACCUGCUCUUCCGAAUGUUAUCUCCGUUGGAGGAAUGCAAAUUCAACGGAAUAAAGGACUCCCCAAAGAUCUUCAGGAAAUCCUCGACUCUGCAAAGGAAGGAGUGAUCCUCUUCUCAUUGGGAACUAACGUAAAGAGCGCAAUGUUGGGUGAUGCUCGUCAAACGGAAAUCUUGGAGGCUUUCAGGAGUCUUCCUCAGUACAUGUUCAUUUGGAAAUUUGAAGUGGAAUCCCUUCCUGUGGAAGUUCCUAAGAAUGUAAUAAUUCGCAAAUUUGUGCCCCAGAGUGAUCUUCUGGCUCAUCCCAAUCUCAAGCUCUUCAUUAGCCACUGUGGACUACUGAGUACGCAGGAAGCAGCCUGGUAUGGAGUCCCAAUCCUUGGGCUUCCUGUCUUUGCGGAUCAGCACCAAAAUAUGAAGUUGAGCUUGAAGACAGGAAUGGCUCUGGAGGGAGAUAUUGGAAAAAUCGAACAGAAUUCAUUUAGAAAAUUAAUCGAGGAAAUGCUGCAAAAUCCAAAGUACAGAGAAAACGCCCGGAUGCGUUCGGAGAUCUUCAGGGAUCAGAAGGAAACUCCUUUGGAGCGGGCAGUUUGGUGGACUGAGUUCGUCCUCAGGCAUCCCAAUGUGACUUUCAUGAAAUCCCCAUCGCUUGAUUUAGGAUUGGCAGCUCGGCAGUCAUGGGAUGUCUUGGCUUUCUUAUUUAUCGUCAUUUCGAUCGGAGUUUUUAUCUCUCUGAAGACUAUUUGCUGUUGCUACCGGAUAUGUUGCAAAAAAUCCCGGAAAGCUAAGAAAGAUUAA